AUGGCACGACCACCGGAUUCGUGGCUGAACGCGCUCAUCUUCAUCAAGGCUUGGAAGGUGAUCCAAGAGGAGACCCCGGCGCUCAGACACGACUGGACGGUGAAGGUGGACCCCGACGCUGUCUUCUUCCCUGAACGACUGCGUUACCACGUCGCCGACCACACCCCAGCUGAAGGCGAAGGGGAGAGCCUCUACUUCGCGAACUGCGACCGGGCCUUCAUCGCCGGCAUCGGCGAUCAUCCCGCCCAGCUCUUCGGAUCCAUGGAGGUAUUCUCCCGCGAGGCUCUCAGGGUCUACCUGGAUGGCGCGGCCCGUUGCCAGCACGAGCUGGACUGGAAGGGCUGGGGCGAGGAUUAUUUCAUGUCCCACUGCAUGGACCACCUGGGCGUCGGCAGGGUCGACGACUUCGGCAUGCUGAGCGACAAGCGCUGCUGGAUUGCGGAUUGCUCCGACACGUGGAAGGUGGCCUUCCACGAUUUCAAGGACGAGGAGAGUUGGUUCGACUGCUGGGAGAAGUCCAUCGGAGAGAACGAGACGCGGGAGCACGCCGAGGCGGAGUCGUCGAGGCAGCUGGACCACCGACCUCCCUCCGUAGGCGCUCAGGGGUGA